GAUUUUACAUUCCCCCUCUACUGGGACAGCAUGGCUUCUGGAGAGAAUCUGAAAGAAGUUCUGCUGGACCCACAGUCUGCAGAGUACUGCACAGUACUGAAACGUUUCAGAAAAACAGUAAAAAAGACUGUUUUGAAGAUUGUUCGCGUGCAAAACAUUCAUCUGCGGCGUGCUUAUGAAGCCAAGAGCAAACACAUUUCUGACAAAAACAGGCUGGAAGGUGGAGCAGGAGAAAGACUUCUUUACCACGGGACAAGUCAAGAAAGCCUUGACUCCAUCAAAACAGGAGGAUUCAACCGAAGCUUUUCUGGGAGAAACGCGACCGCCUUUGGUCUUGGAACCUAUUUUGCUGUAGAUGCCAGUUACUCAGCCAACUCAAGAUAUUCUACACCAGCUGCUGAUGGUUUUCAAACCGUGUUUGUGGCCCGAGUUCUGACAGGCGUUUUCACUCAGGGCCGAAGCGACAUGAGAAUGCCUCCACCUCUGAGCAUUGAGGAGCCUCACAACCGAUACGACAGCCUGGUGGACAGAAUAGACAACCCCAGCAUGUUUGUGGUGUUCCAUGAUGACCAAGCCUACCCGGACUACCUCAUCACCUUUAGCUAGUGUUUCAAUUUUCUAUUAGAUUAAAACAUAGCUUGAGAAAUCAGCAGCAGAUGGUUCCAGAUGUAAACGCUAACAACUAUUUAUGCUGCUGUUAAUUACGUGAUUUAUAUGAUUCUUUGUAACAAAGAAUAUCAUUAUCUUAUCAUUUUGCUGCGCUGUUAUCAACAUGUCUCCAGUAACAUUCAAAAUCAUAUUGUCGUUCUGACAACCUGACUCAGUCUCACUUUUAAUCGUCGACUCACGCUUCAGGGGUGAAGAGUCUCACUUUCAUCAAGAGUGUCCAUAAAAGACAGACAAAUCUAUUGUUUCACCCAUCUUACGAGCCUGUGUGUGUGUAAUUGCGCAUACAGGAAACACAUUUGGCAUGGAGGAUAUGUGACAGACAGAGCUUUAGGUGGUGGUUUGUCCCACAUGGUGUUCCAUAGUUAAACAUUCAUGGCCAGCACCUGUCUGUUGAGCUGUGAUUGGCUCACAAGGCUGAUAAAUAGCAGCAGUGGGAGUUCCAUCUAGAUGCUGGUUUCCUGGUUUGGCCUGGGUGGGUGAGCUUGACAUGUGGACCGGUUUUACGAAAGCUUUUAAUCAUUUGAGUCCUUUUACUAAAGUUUUUAAGCAUUUGAGUUUGCAACAUUUUAAAUUCUAUUUAUAUUAACAGGUGGUGGUAUGAGUUCUGACCCUGGGGCAUGAGAGGUAAUAUAAGGGUUUGUAAAACAUGUUUGUCCCAGGGGAGAACUAACUUAUUUUUCUUUUUCCAGCAGAGUUGCCACUGCUGUUUUGCUUAGUGUUUUUAGUCAUUGUUUUUAAUGUUUUAAUCAAGCUUGACACCCUUGCUUUUAUCCAUUUUUAAACUGUUUUGUGCUCAUUUUUAGUAUCUUGGUGUCUGGACCUGGCUGAAGGUGGCUGCCUCCUUCUUUUAUCCUUAUGGUAGCUGGUACUCCUGGUGAGAGUUGGAUCAGAGAUCUCCCUUGGUGGUGUUUGUGGCUACCCGCCAGUGCAGUGGGGCUGAGGCGAUCCAGGAGGCAGCCGCCCACAUGCAGUGUUGGAGUGCGGUCCAACUGUCCGAGUCUAUUUUAACUUUCUCUUUUAUGGAAUUUGUCAAGUUUUUAAUUGUACAUUUUUAACCUUUAUGAAAUACAGUCUCCAUUUGGGGUGCACAUGUAAGAGGACAUACGGUCACAGAUGCAAAGGCACUAGAUGCAACAGGUUUUUCAACAACUUCUGGUAAUGGAAAAACUUGCCCACCCGCCAAGUCAUUUCCAAGAAUGAAUGAAACACCACUAAUUGGUAACCCUGAGCAAAUGGCUACUUUAACACGUCCUGUAACCAGUGGAGAAUGUAAAUGUACUUCAUGUAAUGGCACUCAAAUAACUCAUUUUUAUACCCCAGUCAGAACCACAAGAGGUUUCUUCUGACAAUGGCAAGACUGACUGCAUAAAUGACAAGCACUGGUGUCAAUAGUAACUGGUACUUUAUCUUUGUCCUCCCCAUAUAAAGAUACAUAACCAUGAGAACUAAAUGGUACAAAAUUGGGUUCAACGUCAGUCUCAGGAUUUUGUUUAAUGGAGUUUUUCUCAACCAAAAGAGUUAACAAAACCCACACCAGUAGGAGUCAGUUUGUUGUCAGUUUCUAAGAAUAUGGCAUGUUGCAACCAGAUGUCCAGGCUUAUGACAAUAAAAACAUUGUUGAUUGUCACCAACAGACAUGGACACACCCUCACGCGCUGCUUUUGGAGACGUUUUUUGUUCGUUAUUAGAACUACAAUUUAUUGAUGGAAGGAACAUUUUUGAGUCAAAAUAAACUCAUCUGCCAUGACUGCCGCUUUCAUAAGACCUGUCACCUUCUGUUCAUUUAAAUAAAUGACCAUGUGCUCUGGCAAA